AUGGAUCAUAUUAGUAAUGAAGCUAGUGUUGACCGUUUUCCAAUUGGUCCUUCAGACAUUCUUGGUAGAACAAUUGCUUUCAGGGUUCUUUUAUGCAAAUCUAUGUCACACUUGAGGCGUCACAUAUUUCAAAUCUUGUUAGAAUUCUUGUAUAGGUUUAAGGGUGUGUUGAAAUUGAAAUCCUUUUUAUCAUGGUUCCAUCCAAGAAACCCUCAAGGGAUAUUAGCAAUGAUUACAAUAGUUGCUAUCUUGUUGAAACGUUACACAAAUGUUAAAGUGAGGGCUGAAAUGGCAUAUAGGAGAAAAUUUUGGAGAAACAUGAUGAAAAGUGCUUUGACCUAUGAUGAAUGGGCUCAUGCAGCUAAGAUGCUUGAUAAAGAGACACCAAGGAUGAAUGAGUCAGAUUUUUAUGAUGUAGAGUUGGUUAGGAACAAGCUUCAAGAGCUUCAUCAACGUCGACACCAGGGAUCGCUUAGAGAUAUAAUGUUUUGUAUGCGUGCCGAUCUUGUUAGAAAUCUAGGGAAUAUGUGUAACCCUGAACUACAUAAGGGUAGGCUUCAAGUUCCUAAGUUAAUCAAGGAGUAUAUUGAUGAGGUGUCAACACAAUUGAGAAUGGUUUGUGAUUCUGAUACGGAGGAGUUAUCGUUGGAAGAAAAGCUUGCUUUCAUGCAUGAAACUAGACAUGCUUUUGGUAGAACAGCUUUGCUUUUAAGUGGUGGUGCUUCUCUUGGAUCAUUUCAUGUUGGUGUAGUUAAAACAUUGGUGGAACAUAAACUCUUGCCUAGGAUAGUUGCAGGUUCAAGUGUUGGAUCUAUUAUGUGUGCUAUUGUUGCCACUAGAUCAUGGCCUGAGCUUCAGCGUUUUUUCGAGGACUCCUUGCAUUCCUUGCAGUUUUUCGAUCAAAUGGGUGGGAUUUUUGCAGUUGUCAAGAGGGUCGCGAUGCGCGGCGCUGUUCAUGAGAUCAGGCAGUUGCAAAUGUUGUUGAGACAUUUAACAAACAACCUUACAUUUCAAGAAGCUUAUGAUAUGACAGGUAGAGUUCUUGGGAUUACUGUUUGCUCACCGAGGAAGCAUGAACCUCCUAGAUGUCUUAACUACUUGACAUCGCCUCAUGUGGUUAUAUGGAGUGCGGUAACCGCUUCUUGCGCCUUCCCUGGCCUUUUUGAAGCUCAAGAAUUGAUGGCAAAGAAUAGAAGUGGAGAUAUUGUCCCUUAUCAUCCUCCUUUUAAUCUCGGUCCCGAGGAAGGCUCCACGCCGUCGCGCCGAUGGAGGGAUGGUAGUUUAGAGAUUGAUUUGCCUAUGAUGCAGCUGAAAGAGCUUUUCAAUGUCAAUCAUUUCAUAGUCAGUCAGGCCAACCCUCACAUCGCACCGUUGUUGAGAUUGAAAGAAUUUGUACGAACUUAUGGAGGCAAUUUUGCUGCCAAGCUUGCUCACCUUGUGGUGUUGGAGGUGAAACAUAGAUGUAAUCAAGUGUUGGAACUUGGCUUUCCCUUAGGUGGACUUGCUAAACUGUUUGCUCAAGAAUGGGAAGGUGAUGUCACUAUUGUUAUGCCUGCUACCCUUGCUCAGUACUCAAAAAUUAUACAGAACCCUUCUUAUGGAGAGCUUCAAAAGGCAGCCAACCAAGGGAGAAGAUGUAGCUGGGAGAAGCUAUCAGCCAUAAAAGCAAAUUGCGAAAUUGAGCUUGCUCUUGAUGAAUGUGUGACAAUUCUCAAUCAUAUGAGAAGACUAAAACGAAUUUCUGAGAGAACUUCUGCUUCUUCUGUUUCUCCUGGUUUGUCCAGUGCCGUCAAAUUCAGUGCUUCAAGAAGAAUACCUUCGUGGAAUUGCAUCGCCCGAGAGAAUUCGACAGGUUCUCUUGAAGACCUUACUGAUGUUGCUUCCUCGUUGCAUCAAGGCGUCAGCGGUUCCAACAUUGACUCAGAAAAUGUUGAUUUGAUUUCGUGGACGAGAUCGGGCGGUCCUUUGAUGAGAACUGCAUCGGCAAACAUGUUUGUCGACUUUCUCCAAAACUUAGAGGUUGAUACCGAACUAAAUAGAGGCACAGCGGCGUAUGCCAGCCCUCGUGAUUUUAAGUAUCAUAGUUUCAGGCUCACAGGACCGGAUAGGAACUCGGAAUGCAAUGAAUCUGAUCAGAAGGAAAUUGGCAACAGGGUUGUGAAUGGGUCUAGCAUACUGAUAAGUGAAGGGGACCUUUUGCAGCCUGAAAAGAUUCAUAAUGGGAUUGUUUUCAAUGUUGUCAAGAAAGAAGCCUUAAAACCUUCAGAUACGUGUCGUGAUUUUGGAAAUUAUGACAAGGAAGUUGUCGAAUGUGUCGAAAUCGACUGUCCUGGAAAAGAGAUGGAUAAUGCUAGCUCUGAUUCUGAUUAUGUAGAUGAUGAAUCCACACCAGCUAAGUCCCUAACUGAAAUUCAAGAUUUGAGCAUGGAGCAAAACAUUGUUAAUAGUUAGCUCUAAAGAUCAAUUAUUUUCUGGUGAACUUUUUUCUUAUAUAUUUUGGUUCUUCUAUUUCUCUAUUUCUUACCCCAUUGUAAAUUGUAAAUAAAUGCAAAAUCAAGUCUUGGAGGAUUCAUGAUUUUGAUGGGAAUAACACACUAUUUGUUUCACUCAUAAAUAUAAACAAAGAUGAGAAGGAAGUUCUGUA